AUGGGUAUUUGCUUGUGUUGUGCUCAACAGCCACCCGAAAAUUUUGUAGGAGAAUGGUCAAACGGAGGCAACGUUAAAAUGCAAAUUGCAGUGGAUGGAAGCCUUAUGUACAACAAAGAGACAUCGAAUGGUUACUAUCGAUAUACCACCACCGGAGCUCGUUAUAAUGAAAAUGGCUUUUGGACGUGUCUGUGCUGCUGUUGUACUCUUAAAGGUGUUUAUGGCGAACAAGAAGAGCAAAAACCCGUGUUUAUUGUCAGAGGCGACGUGUUGGCAAAGGAUGUGGCUCCAAAUCAUUGA